CUUCAGCUUCAGACUUGCAGCCUCCACAUUCAGAUUUCAGACAUUCAGUCCCUUACGGGUUCACCGCCAGUGGCCUACACGUCUUCAGACUUCAAUCUUCUGUGUCUUCGACUUCGCUCAUCUCUCUUCACUCUUCAGUUUUCGCCAUCGGCUUCACCUUCGUCGUCAAUCUUCAGUCCCUCACGAUCACGGCAUCGCUCUUCUCUGUUCUCUCCCUCGCAAGUCGCAAGCACUCGACCUCGCGCACUUGAACCGAACAAGAGAAGAGUUGAGAGUCCAGAGUCCAGAACCACAGCGAUGGCAGUUCCAGUCUUCCAGAUUUCGAUCUAGUGCUCUCAAUCAGCAAUUGACUUCCGAGGAGGAAACUUUCGCAGUUUAGCUACCGUUCACUCUCUCCUUUGUUUCUGACCACAGCUCGGAACUGACGAGAACUCUUGUACUGUAGCAAUCUCUUGCUCUAUUUGCUUCGUUGAAUCUUCCCCUCUGCACGUUGUGCAUGGUCCUGCCGGUGGAGAUGGAGGCUCAGAGUCAUUUUCAAGUUGACCUCGGUCACCUCAUGGUGUUCAACCCUAACCAUAACUUCUCUUCUCAGCCUUCUUUCAGGGAGGAGCUGGUGAACGAAUGUCUGCAAAAGGGCACUGAGUUAGUUCAAGCUAUUGCAGAUAGUCUCUUUCAUUUACCAUCUACAGAAGACAUAGAUGGACCGCUUGUCAAGCUACCACCGCCAGUGACACGAUUGCCUAGAGAGAAGCAUCUUCCAAGGCCAAAGCCUCCAACAAAAUGGGAACUAUUUGCCCAAAAGAAAGGCAUACAAAAGCGCAAGAAAGACAAGAUUGUAUACGAUGAGCAGUCUGGAACCUGGAAACGCAGAUUUGGAUAUGAUCAUGCAAAUGAUGAAGAGGCUAUACCUAUUAUUGAGGCAAAACCAAAUGAUGAUCCAAACGAAGAUCCUUUUGCCAAAAGAAAAGAAAAUAAGGAGAAAAAAAUUGAAAAACAAGAAAGCAAUAGGCUGAAGAACUUGAAACAAGCUGCCAAAGUUGGUGCUUUACCCAGCCAUAUUCAACUGGCUGCUACAGCUUUGCCUAUUACUGGAACUCAAACAGCACCCAAGAAAGUCCCCAAGGAUGAACUAGGUAGUGUAGCUGGAUUGGCAGCAACUGCAACAGCUAGUGGUGGGAAAUUUGACAAGAAGUUGCCAGGUGAAAAGGCUGCACCGCAUAAUGGCAAAUAUCGCAAGUUCCUGCAAGUUGUGGAAGGAUCAGGGGCUAUAUCACGGGAGAAGGAGCAAACUGAGAAAGUAUUGAACAAGAUUUUCUCUAGGCAUUCCCAUGAAACUCUUAAUGUUGACAAGGCUGUGGAGACAUACAAUGUGAAGAAAGAGAAAAGGCAAAGGAGUGAGAAAGUGAAGGCUGCUUCGGCAACCGGCAGCAAAUUGAAACCUCAGAAAAAAAUUCAGAAGUCUUCUAAAAAGGGAGGUUCCAAGAAAGGAAAGGCAAAAUGAAAAUUUAACUUUGGUUUCAAAGUAAAGUUUGCAGAGUAUUUGACGCUAGGGUUUGAAACUUUGGCUGCUGCAUUAGAGUUUCGUUUUGUAGGAAUAAUUCAUCUCUUAAAAAUACAAUUUCUAUUAUUUGUUCA